AUGCAUUUCCGUCUCUCCUUGGUCGUUCUUUCGAUUCUGUCCUGGUCAUCUUCUUCUGCUGCGUUCAGUUUUUCUGCCGGGACACCGACACAAUGUGAUGAUAUCAGUAUAACAUGGAAUGGUGGCACUGCUCCCUACCUGCUUCUAUUGUCUCCUGUCUUUGGGACUCCAAGAAACAUAUCCAUCCCUGAUUCCGCCUACAGUGGUGGGAAGGGAACGUAUAAAACACAAAUUCCGUUCCCUUCUGGACAAAAGCUCGUCAUGGUCAUGUCGGAUGCGUCUGGUUUCGGAACAGGAGGAGCCACUGAUGUCCUGACCGUUGGGUCAUCCCUUGGAGGCAGUUGCAAUACCACGGACCCUGGUGUCGACUUUUCAUUUGAAUUGAAUACCGCACUCCAGCAAUGCAGAACAUAUACCUUCAGUGCGUACACUGGUGCCGUACAGCCUGUCACCAUCAUGGGAAUAAUUCCCAAUGGAGACACCUUUGUCAUUAAUCCACCGAACGGGCCUACCGAUUAUGAUUGGAUCGCCGACGUCUACAACGGCACGAGCGUGUUAUUCGCUAUGUCCGAUUCCCAAGGCCGUCAAGGCGGAUGUUCCGAUAUUAAGACCGUCGGGACAUCUACUGAUCAGUCAUGUAUUGACGCUUCGUCACCGUCAUCUACUGCGGCACCAUCCUCCACAUCGUCAGCUUCUUCUACCACCACUUCUACUGCGGCAUCAGAGACCAGCAGCAGUUCAGGUACACCCAUCGGCGCAAUAGCAGGCACUGUUUUGGGUGGACUCGUAUUUUUGGCUGCUGUCAUCACCCUUACCUUGUUUUUCCAUUCGGCGGAAACAUUUCAAUCGGAUAUUGAUCUGGUUGACGGUUACGAUACCAGAAGCCACGCAAACACGCCAUCAGGGUCUGCUUUCCCAUUCUUCGUUCGCGGCACAGACUACGCCUCCUCAACGCCAGGCUCAGAGGCCGCAGACCAUUAUAGCCGUGGAAUGCCUGAUUCACCACCAAAUCCUUUCGCUUCUCCUCGUGACUAUGAACAGGGUCCGAUACCUAUUGAUCCAUUCACCGCUCAUCAUCACAGUCAACCAUCCAGUUCUCAGACUAUGUCAUCUGCUCAGCGGAAGGCGGCCAUGGCUGGCACAACCAGCUUCACUCCUUCUCGAUUCAUCCUGCACACAGAUGCUGACGACGUUCCAUUGCCGCCUCCCAAUGAAGAUGGGGUCGUAGAACUUCCCCCGCAGUAUUCUGAACGGAAAGCACCUCAGAGCAUUCCUUCAGGGCCAUCGUUGUCUACGACAGUUGAUGAUGCUCCCUUAUAUUCACCUUCAUCACAGCACUCUCAUUCGCAGUCUCAUCAUUCGCACUCAUGA